UUUUACGGUCAUGCACUUAAAAAAAUAAGAAGUGGUUUGUUCAUAUAUACAACCAAACCCAGAAAGUGAAAACCAAACCAAACUUUUUCUCUUUUUCUAUUUGCUGGUUCGAUUUUUUCGCCAGGAAAAAACUUUAUCGAUCAAUUUCAUCACUUUUCGGUGAAAUUGACAGAUCGCCGAAAUUUUCCGGCCAGGUAUUGAUCGCUGAUUUUUUUCUCUCGUUCAAUUCACUCAAUUCUGAAUAUAUUAAUCUACAAAUUGAUAAUUUUCUGCCGCUUUGUAUCUAAAGUUGGGACUGUUUUUGUUAUGCUUCAGAUCUAGUAAUGUUGAAUAACUGAAGGUAUAAUUUGGAGUUGUGAAGAAUUUAGGUGAUAUUUAAAUGUGACUUUGUGUUGUAAUUGUGAGAUUUAGUUUAAAAUGGAGGAUAGUGUGAGAUCAGGAGGGGGUGUAUUGAAGAAAAAAAGCUCUUCUGGUUGUUUAAUUAUUAAAAAGAAAGAUGACAGAAUGGUGAAGAAGAGGCCAAGGUUUGUUAUGAAUGAUCACGUGUCGAAUGAUGAGUUAUCGGAGUCAAUUCGGAGGAAAAAUGGUCAAUCUUUUAGUAAUGGUUAUGGGAAAAGUGGUGUUAGAGAUGGAGAAUUUGGUAGGAAUGUGAAUUUGCUUGAUCUUAAUGACUACGAAGAAUGUGAUGUGAAAAGGCAAUUGAAUGGGUAUAGUGAUGAGAUAUCGGAGUCAAUUCGGAGAAAAACUGGUCAAAAAAUUCGUAAUGGUACUGUUGUUUAUGGAAAAAGUUGUGUUAGAGAUGGAGAAUUUGGUAGGAAUGCGGCUUUGCUUGAUUUAAACGGGUAUGAAGAAUGUGAUGUGAAAAGGCAAUUGGAUGGGUAUUGUGAUGAGAUAUCAGAGUCAAUUCGGAGAAAAAAUGGUCAAAAAUUCGGUAAUGGUUCUGUUGUUUAUGGAAAAAGUUGUGUUAGAGAUGGAGAAUUUGGUAGGAAUGCGGAUUUGCUUGAUUUAAACGAGUAUGAAGGAUGUGAUGUGAAAAGGCAAUUGAAUGGGUACAGUGAUGUCAGAUCGAACAUGAUUGAAAGAAGAGGGAGUUGUAGAGAGUUCGGGAGUGGGUCUGGGAGUGUGAUGGUUGAGAAGAGGAAGCUUUCAUGUAUGGAUAGUUCAAGUAGUUUUUCAGGUAGUAGGAUGAAGGGCGAUGACAAUGGCUAUACGAGAAGGUAUGAUUUGUUAGAGGGUGAAGUGCGUAUGCCCAUUUCGUUGACCAGAGAACCCACUCAUGAAGCAAUCAGAUUGCAAGGGAAAAAUGGGGUAUUAAAGGUUAUGUUGAAUAAGAAGAAGAAGAUUGACUUAAUGCACAAGGAUUAUGAUCCUGUGGAAAUAGAAAAUAGAAAAGGUUCUCAGUCGGCAGAUGUUGUCAAGAGGAAUUUACUAGUCCAUCCGUCCUUUUACUUGGGUUCUAAACACCCGGAAAAGCAACCUUUGUCUAUUAAAACAGAGAAAAAUGAGCUGAAACUGGAAAAACCUUUGUUGGGUAAAAUCAUCCGUUCAGUAGCCUCUGAAAAAGAUGAGACUGAUACGUCACUUAAGUUGGCACCACCUAGUUCAGUGCCUGCUAGCUCAGCAAUGGGGGUGCUAAAGGAAGAAAGCAGGUCCUUAGCAUCUGAAGAUGUUAUCCCCGCUAAAAGCAAAGAUGGAAAAGUGAAACGAGGUGGGAGCACUGAGAAGCAGCAGUUGCGAGAGCGAAUAAGGGGAAUGCUCCUUGAAGCUGGAUGGACCAUUGAUUAUAGACCAAGAAAGAAUAGAGACUAUCUGGAUGCAGUGUACACUAAUCCUAGUGGAACAUCCUAUUGGUCAAUAAUUAAGGCCUAUGAGGCAUUUCAAAAACGACCUGAGGUAGAUUCAGGUAAAAGUAAACCUGAUGGCAGCUCUUGUUCAUUUGCUCCAAUAUCAGAUGAUUUAAUUAAUAAACUUACCAGGCAAACACGGAAAAAGAUUGAGAAAGAAAUGAAAAAGAAGAGAAAAGAUGAUGGCAAGAGAGAAGAUCGUAAAAAGACUUCUGUGAGGGGAGAGGCUCUUCAGCAUGAGGAGAGGCUCGGUAGCUAUAUAAAGAAGAAAGAUAAGUUGCUGCAAGGCAAAUUACAUGCAAUAGACCAGGAGAGUGGGGAUAAUUCAAGUGACAAUUUGAAGGUAAGGAGACUUAAACAGGAUACAGUUGCAAAAUCAUCUGGUGGAGUUGCUUCUAAUUCAAUACACGGAAGAAAAAGUAAAUUAAUUGGGCGAUGUACAUUGCUGGUCCGUCAUUCUGACAAGAGGGGAAGUUCAGAUAGUGACGGCUAUGUUCCAUGUACUGGAAAAAGAACCUUAUUGUCCUGGUUGAUUGACUCCGGGACAUUGAAGUUGAGACAGAAGGUUCAAUAUGUGAACCGUAGAAGGACUAGAGUAAAACUAGAAGGCUGGAUCACACAAGAUGGCGUCCACUGUGGUUGCUGUAGUAAAAUCCUUCCAGUUUCAAAAUUUGAGCUCCAUGCUGGAAGUAAACGGCAUCAACCAUUUCAAAACAUAGUUGUAGAGUCCGGAGCUUCCUUACUAGAGUGCUUAAUUGACACAUGGAAUCGGCAAAAAGAAUCUGGUCGCCGGGAUUUCUACAGUAUAGGCAUUGAUGGUGAUGAUCCAGAAGAUGAUGCUUGUGGUAUCUGUGGUGACGGUGGGGACCUUAUCUGUUGUGAUGGUUGUCCAUCAACUUUCCAUCAGAGCUGUCUGGGCAUACAAAUGCUUCCUCCAGGCCAUUGGCAUUGUCCAAAUUGCACUUGCAAAUUUUGUGGAGCUGCUUGUAAAUUUCCAGAGGAGGAUAGUGAGAGAACUGUCAACGAAAUUCUUUCUUGCAGCCUCUGUGAGAAAAAAUAUCACAAAUCAUGCAGUUUGGAGACAGAUGCUUUGUCUGCAAUAUCCAAUAAUCCAUCUGCAUCAUUUUGUGGGCAGAAAUGCCAGGAGAAUAUUCUUGGCGUCAAACAUGAACUUGAAGCAGGAUUCUCAUGGUCCCUGAUUCAACGAACAGAUUUGGACUCAGAUAUUUCUCGUUGCCCCUUUCCUCAACGGGUGGAGUGCAAUUCUAAGCUAGCUGUUGCAGUGGCUGUUAUUGAUGAAUGUUUCUUGCCCUUUGUUGACAGGAGAAGUGGGAUAAAUAUUAUUCAUAACGUUCUCUACAACACUGGCUCAAAUUUAAGUCGGCUGAAUUUCCGUGGCUUCUACACUGCACUUCUGGAAAGGGGUGACGAGAUAAUAUCGGUUGCAUCUAUAAGGAUCCGUGGAACUCAACUUGCGGAAAUGCCAUUCAUUGGGACCCGGAAUAUAUAUAGGCGGCAAGGGAUGUGCCGUCGACUGUUAUCUGCUAUUGAGACAGUUCUCUCUACUUUAAAAGUUGAGAAGUUAAUCAUUCCUGCGAUAUCUGAGCAUCUGCAUACCUGGACCAAGGUUUUUGGAUUUGAGGAACUUGAGGAAUCAAACAAGCAAGAAAUGAAAUCCAUCAAUAUGUUAGUAUUUCCUGGGACAGACAUGUUACGAAAGAAGAUACUGAUGGAAGACAUGCAAGAGGCUUGUGAUUUACAACAUAGUCAUUCUCCGUCACCUGCUUUGGUUGAAAAAGCUGAUCCGAAAUCAUCUAUCAGGCAUGAUCCACACCUGCAUGAUGGCGUAUGUGUGAGUAUACUGGAGAAAACUGAUGUCGGGUUUGGUCCCAUGGAUUCUGGCUCUCCAGCUUCUGCUGUUCAUUUAAGUGCUAGCACUGUGGUUAGAGCACAAAGUGGUUGUUGCGAGUCUGAUAUCCAAAUCUCCAGUAUGGAGGUAGAGAAGAAUUUUGCUGAAUCAGCCACAAAUUUAAUGCUCUCUUCUCCAUCUGGCGCAAGUAACGGCAGCCCUGAUACUGAAGAUGCUGCACUAGGUCCUGCAAAUAUUGCUGUCAACUCUGGUAUAGAGCCUAUCAAUCAAAAAAUUUAGGAAGAAAAUGCCCGACCUCCUUGGUAACAAUCUGGUCUUGUUUCAUUUGCUGAAGUUUCUUCCGGGAGCACAUCGGUAGAAAACAGAUUGAAGAAGCUUCUGAUAGUUCUGCCACUAAAGACAAUCAGAAAGAUACUUGUGUGGUUUGCGUAGAUAGCUGUUUUCUAGACCCUGCUGUCCAAAGUGCUAGAGAAGAAGUCAGCAGCAAUAGACAUGGUUUAGCAUCUACCUCGACUCCCUAUGCAAUUUGCAAGGAUUUACAGUCUUAGUGUUGAAUCAACCAAGCAGAUCUGAUGUGGUAAAUGAGCUACAUGUGAUCCAAAACAAGCUUCUGAUUCUAAAUGCGUCAGUGAUGCAAAUUUUCCAUGAAUGAGGGCAAUUCGGAUACCUCUGCAGUUUAUGAUGGAGGUGAUGAUAGAAUUAGUGCUGAAGUUUUCUUUUAUAAAGCUGGAAUUGGUUCAUCAAAUGAAACUCUUUUACAAUAUACUGUUUUGUAGAAUAAUGCAAAUGAUCAACUUGGUUCUUCUGGAUCUGAGUGUGUGACUCUGACUUUAAACCUUGAUAACGGUUAAGAAUUAAAGUUUCUCUUGUUGAGAGGAUUGUUCAGCCUUCUGAUCUUGGUUGAAAAUCAUUGAAGUGAACGUGAUAGACGCUGCACUGUUCCUUGUCCUGCUGAUGUUUCCGCACAACAUGGUGCUGAAGAAAAAUUUAAGAACUAUGAUCCUGUUAGUGUUCUUCUCAUACUGGCCAUGUUAUUACCUUGAUCAGCAGCCAACUUGAAGUAGGACGUUUCACCAGCCGAAUCUACAGUCAACUAGUCAGGCAUCGUUGAUAUUUGGAGCUAUUUUGGUUGGUUUUCUGUUGAACUGAUUCUUGAUGUUUCCUUCAGAGGUUUGGCUCAAUUGUGCAAAAGGCUGUUUGGAGGACGGGAAAAGAAUUACUCAGCAAGGCUAUUGGACAAAGUGGUCUAAAUCAUGCUGUUUCCAUGUGAUCUAGGUCGAAGUUGAAAUGAAGUUGUGAAGGCUAUGGUAGCUUCUGAUUAAGUGCACUGAACAAGAUCCUCUACCACUUUAAGAAUGCGGUGGCUAAAUGUCUUUAUAGGAGCUGGGGAAAGUACAUGGAUGCUACAAAUCUAUCUACACAGCAGUGUAUGCUAUGGUUUGAUGGGAAAUGAAUGCAAUUGUCUUGUUGGAACACAUUUAGCAGUGCCAAUGUUUCUUGCCUUGCCGUCUAGACAGAUGAUUCCUAACAGAAUACACAUUCAGGAAGAUGUGCAUUAUACUAAAUGGCUUUAGCGCAUUUUGAGAAUUCUGCUGACUUCAUUGGUAAAUAGUAUUCUUGCAUUUUAUAAAUGAACAUAUGUAGAUAUAUGUAUAUCUAGUAUUCAAGUUUUCGAUGGUCAUUGAGAUUUUCGAAAUUCAUCAUUUGAAAGGAUAAUUUCACCACAUCUGGUUCAAUUC